GAUUUGUACCCCAAUUUGUAUCUCGCAGUUUUGCACCAACAUUUUGUGUUGGUGUAAAACUAAUUUUUGUUAAACGCACCAACAUUUGUGUCCGUGUGAAUUUUUAUUAACGCACCAACACUUGUGGCGGUGUAAACCAUCGAAAUAUUUAUGCAAACCUGUGGUGUACAAAUGGGGUAUAUUUGUUGGUCUAAGUGUAGCAUGGUCCUAAAUACAACCACAAGUCGCGUGCGCGCGGAGAGGGUCGAUUGAUUUUCUCUUUGUAUCUCUUCCGUCCCGUCCCUGUAGACAGACUGCUGUGUGUGGUGAAGGCAUGGUGAAAGCUUCGGGUGGGAAGCGAAAGUGUCUGCCUCCUCCGACCCUGGAAAGCGGGCCUCAGUCCAGAAAUUUACCAGACGAAGUAGAAAAGGAGCUUCUGGAGGGGUUACUACAUCCCCACACCAAAGUUACUGAUGAAGAUAAAAAAAUGUACAUGUCCCUCCUACGUCCAGAGCUUCCUGUGGAACCUCCUGCUCCUGUGUUGCAGAAGAAGCCUAAGCGUCAACGUAUAGUUCAAAUACGCACUGUUCCCGAUUUCCUUCGUGAUCCAGUUCUUGAUCACAGGCCAAAGCCUGAACCGACAUACCUCAAAAACAGAAGAGAGCAAAAUGACCCAAAUCCUUGGGAGAAGACAAGCGGGUUCACUCAAAAAGAACUACGACAAAGGAACCUGCACCUGCGAUGGGCAUUGGCUGCUCUUUCUCGCUACAACAGGAGACAUGGUACAAAUUAUAAGCUUGUGGAAGUCAUCAACUGCAAUGGGUUUCUUCUUCCUGUAUACAAGAUCUGGGUUCAUUGUGCUUUCAAAGCUGCAACUGAAACAUCUAAUGUUCCAGAGCUCUUUUUUGCUGAAUUUUACCAAUACGAGCUUCAGAAGGAUCAUUUCCAGAGUGUGACUCGUAUUACCAGUCGCAUCAAGACUACAUGUGAUGACUGCCGAUAUUGCGAAGGGAAGGGGAUUCCUCAUCCAGUCAACAAAUUCACCGAAGGGCAGAAGUACUAUGAGGGACCUAUUUUACGCACAAGGCGGCUCACUUAAUCUGUUAGGAUUGUCUCGUCCAAUGUCUGGGUGAAUCAAUGGAUGCUACUUUGUGUGUGUGUGUUUUUGUUGCUGUGGGUCUUCCUUGGUGAGAAGCUAUUUAUUACAAAUACAUUCCCUUUUGAAUGUCCCUGUUAAGUGUUCCGAUGGGGUUAACUAACAUUGAACGGAUUAGUAUUUAUGUUCUUGGAGUAUUUCUAAUUCUCAAUUAUCAGAACACUAGCAACUCUCAACUUUGAAGAUGAGUUACGCAAUACUUUAAUUAAGAAUUAAAAGCCUUCAUUUUUCAAAGUACUAAAAAAGUCUUUACUUAUUUGCAUAUGCUUUUCAACAAUUUUAUGCUGUAUUGGGAACUACUCGCACAAAGUGCGAAUAAAGCUUUUGUGUGUGU